GAAAAUUACGGGGUUUUCCAUUUCUUAGAUUAAUCCACAAAAAAUGUUGAGGAGAGCAAUAGCAGCCGUCGCCGGCGGCGGCGUUACCCAACCAUGGCGCAUGACAUCUCGGAGACAUUCUUCCGUCGUAUCCUCCGCCGUCAACAACAUGCUACUUCGCUCUCUCAAAGACCAUUACGUUGAAGUCUCUAAGAUGACUCCACCUCCGAAGGUUAGCCCACCUGCUGAUUUCACAAUUCUGAAGGGAGCAUUAGACUCGAAUGGUCCGGUGCUGAAAAGGAGUUACAAUAACGAGGAAAUUAGCAUUUCUGUAAUGCGAUUAGCAAAUAUAGUUGAAGAUGAAGAUGGUAAUGAUGAUGAUGAGGGAGAGAUUAAUCAGCUGUUUGUUCAUGUUGAUGUGUCGAAGCCUGGGAUGAGUAAUUCUUUGCAUUUCCUAUGUGGGUUGUAUCCUGAUGCUUUGGGGAUUCACUCUGUUGCUCUUAGACCUAAGUCUUCUGAAGAGGGGUUUCUUAUGGUUCCCAACAACUACACCGGCCCGCUUUUCGAAAAUCUUGAUGAAGAAACAAGAGAUGCCUUUCACAGUUUUAUCGAAGAACGUGGGAUAAAUGAGAGUCUUUUUCCUUUCCUUCAAGCAUGGCUUUAUGUGAAGGAUCAUCGGAAUCUCAUGCGCUGGUUCAAAUCAGCUGGCGGUUUUAUCAAUGGGCAGCAAAAUGCUUGAUACUCCGUAAGUUGAUAGUCUUUUCAAAUUUUAUUGGCAACUUGGUGGGAUAUAUACUUGUUUUGAGCUUAGUUAACAUGCGUCUCAAACCAUUUCUUGCGCGUCUACAGUAUCUUCUAUGCUCUCCAGUUUUGCACCGUGAAUAGAUGAGGAGAUUCUUCAUGUUUGCUGAGUAGAAAUUAGUUGAAGCUUUUUGUGAUUUAUGCUUCAUCUCUUAAUGUUUCACAUUCUGUACUAAUUUUUAUCUAAAUGCUUUUUUUAUAUUUUUUUUUACGCACAGCACACCUGUAUCCGAUUGGGAAAUUUCCGUUGCUUUUUGUCAGCUUCAUUCUAGGUAUUUUUAGUUGGUAUAUUUGUCUGGACAACUCUUUAUUCAGAUUCUUUGUGCUAACAAAAGAGUAUAGGAGAUGACAGAAAAAUUCCACGCA